AUGCCGCUCUUCGAAAGACUGGAACCAGCUCCUUUAAGCCAAAGGGUCACAUCUCUGGAUGCCUGUGUCUACUUUUAUCGGACGGCCUUUGUGAUGGGCUGGCUGCCGCCUAAGCACCCAGCCUGGCAGCGAAGGAUCUACUCUUUGUGGACGGGAACCACAAUGCUGUUGGGACUGAUCUACCUGCCGCUGGGCCUGUCCCUCACCUACGUGGUGCACUUUGAUAAGUUCACGCCUAACGAGUUCCUCACCUCCCUGCAGGUGGAUUUCAACUGCAUAGGGAAUGUGAUAAAGGCCACCAUGACCUUCAGCCAGAUGUGGCGGAUGCGGAAAAUGAACGAACUGAUUGCUCCAUUGGACGAGAGAUGUGCUACCCCGGCUCAGCGCCAGUUACUGCACGAUAUGGUGGCCUGGGUGAAUCGCAUAAUGGUCUUCUUUCUGGCCAUGUACCUGGGCUUCAGUACCCUCAACCUGUUCACGUCGGUUUUUGCCGGGAAAGCGCCCUGGCAGUUGUACAAUCCUUUGAUAGACUGGCGCCAGGGAGUAUGGCAACUUUGGGUGGCGUCCUUUAUGGAAUACUUUGUGGUGUGCAUUGGAGUGAUGCAGGAAUUAUUAUCUGAUACAUAUGCCAUUGUAUUCAUUGCUUUGUUUCGCGGACACCUGGCCAUUCUCAGGGAUAGAAUCAAGAAUCUGCGAAAUGACUCUGAACUCAGCGAGGAGGAAAACUACAAACAGCUGGUGGCCUGUAUCAAGGAUCAUCGUACUAUUGUGCAAUGCUCUGAGGUAAUACGUCCCUUGCUCUCGACCACAAUCUUUGCCCAAUUCAUGUUGGUUGGCAUUGUCCUGGGCCUGGCCGCCUUCAACAUCCUGUUCUUUCCCAACACCUUCUGGAUGAUCCUGGCGAAUGUCUCUUUCAUCCUGGCCAUUUGCACCGAAACCUUUCCCUGCUGCAUGCUCUGCGAAUACAUCAUCGAGGACUGCUCCAAUCUCACCAACGCCCUGUUCCACUCGAACUGGUCGACUGCCAACAGGCGCUAUAAAUCGGCCUUGAUUUAUUUUUUGCAUCGCGCCCAGCAGCCCAUCGAAUUCAAGGCUGGUGCUAUUUUCCCCAUUUCGGUUCAGAGCAACAUCACGGUGGCCAAGUUCGCCUUCAGCAUCAUAACAGUGGUCAAGCAGAUGAAUCUCGGCGAAAAGUUUCUCAACAACAGGGCCAGUGGUGAGCAGGAGCUAUAGGGAUUAUUUAAACUAAUAUUUGCACUUUAAGGCUUUCAUUGGACAGAAGCUUU